AGGGGUAGGGAAGGAGCCAGUGGCAGCCUGUGAGGAGGCUCUGGCUUUACAGAGUGACAAGAAGGUAAAAGAUUCCCAUUGUUUGCUUUAACAAGCUAGAAACAGCUGCAUGUGGAGAGGGAGCGACAGAGGAAGAGAGAGAGGGAGGGGUAAGGCGAGAGAGAGACAGUUGCAGCGGUGUGUUCCCUCUGCCUUCUGCUUGCGCAGUGCUGCUGGUGUGAGACGCGUUAGGGUGUUUGUGAGCGUGUCUACGGCCCCGAGAGGGUGUGUGUGUGUGUAGAGAGAGUACGUGUGUAGAGAGUAUCCAUGUGUGACGACAGAAGCGUCAGGAAAGGAAGAAUCCGAGCGAUCGGAGCAACACCAAAGGAUACGCUGCAGCCAAUGCACAGGUGACACACACACGCACGCAUGCACACACGCACACACAAAAUACAUGCCCUCAGUGUCCACACACACACACACACACACACACACACACACACACACAAGGAGACAUAUAUGUGUGUGCACCGGAUGAGCAGAUGAGGCAGAAGGCGAAGCGAGGCACGGAUCUUUCCAGAGCUGGGUGGUAAGGGGAGGGGUAGACUAAGAGCGCUGUAUCCCAGGCAGAGCGCUCAUAGGUGGGGUUACCUGAGGCCAACAGCUGCUUCCGCUGGAGGACUACAUGCUAACAGAAGGAGCGUUUCUCCCCCCUCCAAGACACUGGGGCACCAAAGAUGGGACUCUUCUUCUCUUCAGUCAUCUUCUUUUUCCUCUUGUCUGUGCACGAUGCCACUGGGCUGCAUAGUCAUCGUCGGGCUUGCCUCUCAGCUGUAUGUGUGAGCGUGAGUGAGUGUGCGGAGAAAGAUCACGCCAUAUGGUGUUGAAAACAGGACACGCGCAUACACACCAACGGACUCCUAGCAGGUCUGUCAGUUUGGAAUUCGAAACACAGACACAAGCUUCAGAGUGUUUCCUGUUUGCUGUUAAGGCUGUGAUGCGGUGGGCUUAGUAAAUCCAAGUGAUCCAACAAUGUGGUGCUAGAAGGAUUCAGGUCACAGUUACCUGUUAAAGCAAGAAUCCCAGAUCUCGUCCUUAAUUAUUUCAAAGGAGAGCAGGCCGUCCCUGUCUUGCACCUUGGCAGCUAGAGGAUGGACGCUCCCGAGGACGAGUCUGUGCGCUUUCUCCAGUAUGUGGAGGACAGCGGCCUGCGCGCCUACGACGAGCUGGUGAUCCAGAAUGCGUCGGACAUCGCCCGCGAGAGUGACCGGCUCCGCAAUCACGCUCACUGGGCCUACCUGCAGGAGCAGAGCGAGAAGAAGCGACACCAGGAGGAGGCCAUCAAGAGGAUCGAGGAGGAUGUGGUGGGUGUGGCCGAGGGCGGGCCAUACGCCAGCAAACACUUCCGCAUGGGCUCCAUGACGAUGCCGGCUCCACAGGACCGCCUGGCAGCGCCGUGUGGGCAGGGCUUUGCUGUGCGUUCUCAGUCGCUGCACUCGGUGGGAGGAGCCGAGGAAGAGGGGGGCAGCCCCACCCUUCGCAAGCAGCCCCCGCCCAAGCCUAAACGGGACCCCAACACCAAACUCAGCACGUCAUCCGAGACGGUCAAUGUGGCCCUCGGCCCUGGGAAGGGGUCAAAGGAGCCGGACAAGCGUGACGGGUCCCAGAGCCGGCCGUGCAGUGAGGAGUAUCGGCGCAUGCCUCCACCAAAACCAAAGCGCAACCCCAACACUCAGCUUAGCACCUCCUUCGACGAGUCCUACAUCCACAGCCACGGCAUGAAGUUUAAGUCUGCCUCUCUGCCACGGAGGCAGAAGAAGAAGUCUGUGUCUCAGAAUCAAAGCCCCGCCCUGGACACUGACGAGGAGGCGGAGCCUGUGUACAUCGAGAUGGUGGGGAACAUUCUGCGCGAUUUUAGCCACAUCACCGGGGGCAAUGCUGACGACGAGGGCGACCAGGGGGAGAGCGUAUACGAGGAGAUGAAAUACCCCACCUAUGAAGAAAUUGCCCCGCCCACUGACCACUCACGCUGGGAGCCCUGCCCCAUGCAUAUUCCUGAUGUAGAACUAACACGGCCCUCGACCCCUCGUGGCUCGCUCUGUGACAUCCCCGCACCCUUUCCUAACCUGCUGACUCACCGCCCCCCCCUGCUGGUGUUCCCUCCAGCACCUGCUCAGUGUUCCCCAAAUUCGGACGAGUCCCCCCUUACUCCACUAGAGGUCACUAAACUCCCCAUGCUGGAGAACGUGGGCUAUGGCAAACCCGGCUCGUCCCCGACAGCGGGUGACCCCGGGCAGCCUUUGCCAGCGCAGCAGCCUUCGGGCCACCACGCCCAUCACCACCACCACCACCACCACCACCACUACCACCACCACCACAAGAAGUCGUCAGACGGCAAAGACCCGUCGUCCGCCCAGACGAUCACGGUGUCAGGCCGAUCCUCGGCUCCUCCCCUGCCGUCGGCACUAUAUAAGAGUGGGGGCGCGGCGGCAGCCCACGGUUACCCCCGCAGCCACUCGGCUUGCCCCUCCCCGGUCAGCAUGGGCCGCGCGCUGACCCCGCUCAGCCUGAAGCGUCCACCCCCUUACGACGCCCUGCUAACGGGCACCAUCCCACGCAGCACCUCCGGAGGCCCGCAGGGUACGCGUGAUGGCCGGAGCCUCUCCAUCUCCUCUGGCGUGCACGGCGGCUCCAUGCAGAACGUCUCCACCGCCUCGGCGGGGUCAGCCGGCUCCGGCUCGGGGUCGGGGGGCCGCGGCAGUCGCACGCCCACAAGCCCGCUGGACGAGCUCAACAACCUGCUCAGCUCCGGAAAGAACGCACUGAGAAAAGGGUCCGGCAGCCGCAAGAACAAGGAGCUCUGCGAUAUUGAUAGCAAGGUCAGGAGCCACAGCACUGACUGCAAGGAUCGAAAUCUGCGCAGCUCCUCCCCAAAAGCGCAGGAGUGGGACACGCCUUCAGGACAGUCUGCCACGCCCACUAGGAUGGGCCGCUCCUCUGUCAGCCCAACCACCAUGCUUGGGGGAGGAGCCACAGAACCCAAAGCCGCCUGUAAACUCGGCCGUUCUGCCUCGACGUCAGGAGUCCCCUCCCCUGUAGGAACCCCCCAAAGACACGCCCCUGACCCCUCAGCCAAUCAGGGUGGGAGCCCAUGCCAGAUGCUCCCACUGCCAUGGGCAUGUGGAGACAACACCAUGAUGGAGAUGAUCGAGAAGAAGCGACACCUGUGCAAGGAGAUCAAAGCACGGCACAGACCUGCGGAGAAGGCUCUCUGCAAGCAGGAGAGCAUGCCUAUCCUCCCCAGCUGGAAGAAGACCAACGGGGGCAAGAAAUACGGCCCCCCGCCCUACUCCGCCCAGACCACCAUCUUCUGGGACACGGCUAUCUAAGAGGAGGACCAGGUGCCCCAGCCUACAGUCACGAGACAUGCAAACGUACAUGUGCUGAACACAGAGUAAGAGGAGGCGUGGUCACACUGUGGCCGACAGACAAUAGGGACGAAAGGAAGAGAGGCGAACUUCUGUAGCAAAUCAAAUUAAAUCUGAGGGAUUCAAUCUCCUUGUUUUCUUAUCACUGUUUAUAAUUAAUAUUUUUAUAUCGAAAAUUGUCAUAAUAUUAAAUACAAUUAGUGUAAUUAAGGAUUUUAUAUAGUUAACUCUCUUAAGUGAGUUUAGCCAUGAGAUGAUAUUCGUCUUCUCAAAACGAUAGUUUCUUUUCUUUUUCUUCAUUUGUUGCUUUCUUAAAUCAACACUCAUCUGUGUUGGUGAGGAAAAAAAUAUAUACAAUAUAAUAAUGAAUUAUGUGAGAGAAUUUCAAUGAAUAUGCCACAGGUUUUAUACAUGUGUUAAGGGAAUGUCAGAUGUUGUUUUUUUCAUAUGGUGAUUUAUCAAAAGCACUAUUUUAAGAAAAGGAAUCUAUUUUGGCAUCUUGAACUUGGAUGUUGAAUUGGAUCGUUAAGAUAAGUGGAUUGUCGUUUGAGGUGCUGAGCUCUCUUCAGAACACAGAGGCUGCCAUCCACCACGAUAGGACCUGCUACCUUUGGUGCUGUUCUAAUGUUUUCUUGCGUGCCCCCACCAUAAGGACUACAGCAACACAGUAAAUGAAGAAAAAAAAAGCCACCGGGUGGGUUCAUAUUCAUGUUCAUAUUCAACAGUCCCAGUAGAUCCCAGAAUGCUCAGUCAUCUUAAGUAGACAGAUUAAUCUCUAAGGGUGUGUGUGUGUGUGUGUUACUGUAGCCUUUCUGGUGGACAAUUCUACAAACUCAACAGGUUUACAUGGUAGUAGUAUUUAUAGAAAAAGAAUCAGCAUGACUUACUGCAGUUAACACAAAGAGCAUGCACUAAAACACAGAACCUUCUAGAUCAUUGACAGGCAGGUUUACCUCCAUCUGCACCACGUUUACAACAAUCAGUACAGAAGAGCCAUAUUUCUGGAUAAUGGAUACGAACCGGAAUCAUGACUUUAAACACUCGCCUAAUGGCAAAUAUAGCAGGAAUCAGACAAGGCAAAGGGAUAUAUACUUACAUGACCCGCAUGCCUUGACAGAGUGAACUUUGGAUUGAAGUGCUUCAGAUUAAUAUGAUACAGAAUUAAAGUGAUUCAGUGUGAAUACUGAAUGACUGGACUGGUCUGACUAAUUGAGUAGAAUAUUACAGUGUGGAUGUCAGUUGUCCUUCGUGAUGUACAGAAUUAUGUUUUUUUUUUUUUCCUUUCACAGAUAGGUGGAAAUAGUGAGUCUGCAUUGAUGAGGCGGUCGUGACGUUUAACCAAUACUUAUUGGCUUUCAGAGUAAUUUAACAAACAUUAAUUGGCUGACUUGGUGGUCAGUCAUCAGGGGGACCAAUGUUUUUACGUGGCCAUUAAUAAAGGCGGCACUUUCGCAAACUUCUAAACCACCAAUCACAUCAUGCUAUAGUGCUCACUGAUGGCUCUUUGCACUUCUGAGGGAAAGACUUUGUGAUGUCAGGUUAAAUGUCUGAUUGGUGAUUGCUCAGGUGUGACAAAGCCCCUCCCCUUUAAGCAAGGUACUCCACUUAACCCUGUUCUCUGUCCUGUAAAGACACAUUCUCUCUCUCUCUCUCUCUCUCUCUCUCUCUCUCUCUCUCUCUCUCUCACACACACACACACCCAUACACACACACACAAAAAAACCCACACUCAGUCAUAGAGCUGACAUCCAUGCAAAAAGCGUUGCCUUGGAGACCUGGGUUCACUGUGAAAAUGGCAGCCACAAAAGGGUGAGAUUAUUGAGUUAAAGGUUAAUUGUGUGAAUUGACAAAUAGAGUCAGAGGGAGACAAAGAGGAAUGAACACACAACACCACUAGACACAUUGGUGUGGAAAACUAGCAAACAAGGGUACAACAAUAUCCUUUAUAAAGAACAAAUCAAGAUGAAAUGCAAGAUGGCUGUGGCCUGCUGGUCACCCGUGCGGUGUAGUAAUAUUCUUCACCAACAGAGGGCGGUACAGCGUCGGCAUCUGCGCCAUUAGUGCUACAGUGGCCAGUUUCCCAAAUACUGAGUACUGCUGUGUUUAAAGGCAGCCAUUAACUCGAAGAGCGAGUUUAAUACGACACUCUACCAUCUGUGGGCUACUUGUGAACAGUUGCUGUGAGGAUUCAGACCUUGAGUGACAGCAGGGGACCCCACAGGACCCCAGGUCCCAUGCUCUGCCCACCUUCAGCUCAGCUCUCUUUCGCGGGUGAGCGCCCCAUGCUCGGGCGGGUGGCAUGCCGGGGGGAAGCGCGAGAGACAUUCCGCUGCACCGCGUUCCAGAACGUUCCGGCCAGGCCAGAAACAUCGGCCUGUGACGGGUGAAGGCGGCUCGGAGAAUUGAAUCCGCUUAGCUCAGACUGUCUCGGACAGGAAAUGCCACCCGGAUACUGAAAGGCACUGGAAUGAGGCUGUGAUGAAGUCUGGAGAAAGCAGUGCUGCCAUGGUAACAGAAUUCCUAGAGGAACUCUAAUUCUAACUGACAUCCAUUCUAGAAUCCAGCUCAUCCGAAUCCUAAAACACAACAGUGAUUCUGGAAUGGCAGUUCUUUGAUGUGAAAACAGCCUCUCAUGGUCCACUUGACUAGUAACUUUAUCUGCCAGUAUGAACAUAUGAAACAACAAUUUCUUAUACGGUACAUUUACUACGCAUAAACACGGUGCACUUACCACACUUACUACGCAGUUUCUCGCAGAAAAAAAAAAAGUUACUUGGAUUUUUUUUUAAUCACAGCAAGCACACUAUUUGUGAGUAACAAAAUGUGUUGUUUCAAUUGAUUGUAUUCUCUCACAAACAAUAAAACACCAAAAUGAGCUUUGCAGUGGGUUGAGAUGAAGGUAAAAGAGAGAACUGUAAUGUUCUGAUUUUGUAACACGCUAAUAACCAUCCAAUCUCACUUACUCUCACUCCCCAGCUCCACAACCCUGAUGUACUGGUGUGUGUGUGUGUGUGUGUGUGUGUGUGUGUGUGUGUGUGUAAAUACUCGCUGUUCUGUGGAAGCAUUUGUUGCACUGUGGGGGUCUAUGACAUACGCACGGUGAUGUCACAGUUUGUCUUUUCUUGCACUGGAUGUGUUGCAGUCUUUAUU